AUGGCAACCAGCGAAACGCUCAUCGUCCGCGUGACGGGUGGACAACCGAACUUGGUCAAAGAACAACUCCGGCUACCAUCCCCCAAACCAGGCCAAGUGCAAGUCAAGGUGUCGCAUGUUGCACAGAAUCCGACAGAUGUUCAAUCUUUCGAUAUCAAUGCCUUUGGAGACGGAGCCGUGCUGGGAUGUGACUUCGUCGGAGAGGUCACCGAGCUCGGUGAUGGAGUCACUCAAUAUGCCAACGGUGACAUCGUGGCAGGUCUGAUCUGGGGUGGAGAAAUCCCGGGACUGGGAGGGUAUAGCCAGCAUAGUGUUGCGGACCAGCACAUUUCUUUCAAGGUGCCUGCAGGCAUCUCGCCGGCGGAAGCGAGCACCGUGCCCCUCGCUGCAACGACAGCGUGGCUCGCCUUGUUCUCUCAAGGCUGCUUGAACAUUGAUCGUUCUCGGGCCGGCACCAGUCUGUUGGUCUGGGGUGGGAGUUCAAGUGUCGGCCUGUAUACCAUCCAGCUCGCGUCAAUCUGUGGUCUCAACGUCAUCACAACUUGCAGCCCACGGAAUGCAGAUCUUGUCCGUUCCUACGGUGCUACGCAUGUCUUCGACUACAAUGAUCCUGAUGUGAUUGAAAGCAUCAGCAAGGCCGCACCGGACCUUCAGUAUGUCUUUGACACAAUUGGAAACAAGACUUCCUCUUCAACUCCCUCUCGGGUCUUUGGCAACCGUCAAGGAAAUCUAUGUACGGUGAGACCAGGGAAGGCCAACACCGAGCAGGUCACAGCGAACACUCAUGUUACCGAUGUGCUGGUUUGGACUGCUUUCCUCAAAGACCACCGGUACGGCGAAUUCCACUGGCCAGCUUCACAGGAAGACCAUGACCUGGCUAGCGAGCUGUUCCAAAACCUACCCUCUUGGCUGGCGCAGGGACGCGUCAAGCCCAACAAAGCCAAGGUAUUCUAUGGCUUGGACUCUGUUGCCCAAGGAUUUCAAGAAUUCCGGGAUGGUGGGGUAUCGGCCUAUAAGAUCGUCUAUGAGGUUUGA